CUCUACCCCUGCACAUCAACAAAUACAUGGCAACCUCGACACUCGAAACCUUGUACCACGGCAACGGCGUCGCGCAGUAGUGAAGCCAACAUGUCGGGCUUUGGCAGCUCCAUUAGCACGCCGCGCCGUCUACGGCCAAACCUACGACCGGCAGAGUCCUCCCCUAACCUAUCGUUCUCGGCGAGUUCCGUUGCCCGCCAGGCCUCGCUCAGUGCACUCACCGGCGGCGCGUCGCCCUCUCCCAGCAGCAUGGCAGACGGACAGGACAUUGACGUCGGCGACCUGGUGGACGUGCCGGGCGGCAUGCAUGGCGUGGUCAAGUUCGUGGGCAGCAUCCGCGGUAAGAAGGGCGUCUUCGCCGGCGUCGAGCUCAGCAGGGCUUUCGCAUCGCGCGGCAAGAACGAUGGCGCCGUCGACGGCACGCAGUACUUCACCACGACCACGCCUGGCUCGGGCAUCUUCCUGCCGGCCCACCGCGCGCUCAAGCGCUCGUCCGGCACGUCGGACGACUUCCCGCCCACGCCCACGACGCCCUCCUCGUACGCGCACACCAACUUCAGCCUGUCGACCACCGAGAAGCCCAACUUCAGCCCGAACACGCCGUCGGUCGCCAAGUCCAAGUUCUCGCAGUCGGUCGGCCCCGGCGCCCGUCCGCGACGGCCCUCGCUGCCUCGCCCCGAGUCCCCGCUGCGCAAGACCUCGAACCUGGCCCCGCCCACCCCCGGUCGCAGCGGCAGCGUCACACCCUCGCACUUCUCCAAGAGCGCAAUUGGGGCACCGCCGAGGUUCGCUAGUCCCGCGCCCCCGCGCACUGCCUCGGCGCAGAAGCCGCGAACACCAGGCCCUCCCUCGCGGCCCUACUCGCGCAACACAAACUCUCGGCUCGGUCAGCACGACACAAUCGACGAGGAUGGCGAGACCACACCGAAUGGGGCAGCACGCACGAGCAACGACUCGAUGGUCAACUUCAAGUCCAGCCGCAUGGGCAGCCGGCCGACUUCAGCGCCCAAUGCGGAGGUCCAGCGGCUGAACAAAAUCAUACAAGAGCGCGACAAGCAGCUAGAGGAGCAGGCGACGGCGCUCAUGGACAUGGAGGCAACACUGGCUGAGAUCCAGAGUCUCAUGCCCGAAGGCGGUUUCGAGCGGGAGCCUGCAGAGCCCAACGACGUGCGUGAGCUGCGCGCUAUGCUACGCGACAGGAACGACAAGGUCGCCAUGCUCACAGCCGAGUUCGACGCGCAUCGAGCAGACUUCCGCAGCACGAUUGACACGCUGGAGCUGGCCAGCACAGAGACAGAAAGAGUCUACGAGAAGAAAGUCGACGAACUGCAAGCUGAGCUGAUGGAACUGCAUUCUCGCAACGAAGACGUCGAGACCGUGGCGAUGCAACUGAAGCAACUCGAGGACCUGGUGCAAGAGCUAGAAGAGGGUCUUGAGGAUGCCAGAAGAGGAGAAGCAGAAGCUCGAGGGGAGGUCGAGUUCUUACGGGGCGAGGUCGAACGUGGCCGAUCUGAGCUACGACGGGAACGUGAGAAGGCCGCUGAGGUGUUAAAGAGCGCCAACACCAUGGCCGAUGGACCGCCGCCUGCCGGUCAUAGGGAGAUCGAGCAGCGAGAUGACGAGAUUAGAGGGCUCAAGGCGAUCAUUCACUCGCUAAGCUCGGGAGUUCCAGAAGACCACACCCGCUCACCCCUGUCGCGACAGAAAUCUGCCGUUGAUCCCGAAGAGCUCAAGACUGUGCAGGCCACCGCAGAACGCCUGGAGCGCGAGAAGGAGGAGCUACGGGGGCUUGUGGAGAGGAAAGCAUACCGGGAAGAGGAGCUCGAGCGACAGAUUGAGAAGCUCAAGAGCCAGAUCGGCAACCCUGUGCAGCGUGAGAGCGUCAUUAGCAAUGCCGUUUCCGAACACACAGUAAAGCAGGAGUCACGCUCGACGGCAAGAGACUCCAAGGAUACUGUUGGUAGCUGGCGUGCUGCACCCCCGGCUCGCCGCGACCCGCCAAAAACCCUGGAGCCCAUGGUUGAAUCAGACGGCCGCUCAUCUGCCGCAGAUAGUGUGCUGUGGUGCGAGAUCUGCGAGACUAGCGGCCACGACAUCCUCAACUGCUCCGCCAUGGGCGGCGAUGCAGCGCAGAAGGACGCGGCAUCCCACACCAGCAAGGAGGGCGAGGUCACCGAGGCGCUGAAGAAUCUCUCAGUAUCGUCUGAUCAUGCUCGCCCGGCAGGCCUGACACCAACGAAGUCGCCUGGCAACGCUCCUACGACGCCACUGCCUAUUCCGUCUUUCAACCACUCCAGCUCCUCGCUGGUGCCGCCCAAGGGCGCUGCCGUGGCGGACCCAGACAAGUGGUGCGCAUUGUGUGAGAACGAGGGCCAUGAUGUUACCGAGUGCCCGAACGAAGACGCGUUCUGAGUGAAGAGAGUACAUAUAGGGUCUUUUCAGCGAUGAUAUCCAGGGUUCUAUGCUUUUGUAGCACUGCGUCGUAGUUUAUUCCUAAUGCUGAUACCCAACUCCC